UAAACAGACCUAGAUGGGGAAAUUAUGUUUAGUAAUUGUUAGGGAAAUAACAUAUGCACACGAGUUCGAAAGUUUUAUGCCCUGUGUUUUCUGUUCUUCAUUUUGAAGCUCAUAGUGGAGAAGAAAAUGGCAGAAAAUAUUAAGAGAAGCAGCUUCGAAGUGUUGGGAAUGUGCUGUGCUACAGAAGCAGCACUGGUUGAAAGAAUUGUGAAGCCUCUUCAUGGCGUCAAACAUGUCACUGUGAUAGUCCCUACACGAACAGUCACUGUUGUCCAUGAUGUUCUCUUCAUUUCUGACUCACAAAUAGCUGAUGCACUGAAUGCUGCAAGGCUUGAAGCUAGUUUGAGACUGCAGGGAGAGACUGAUAAUGAAAAGAAAUGGCCAGAUUUAACUACAAUGGUGUGUGGCUUGUUUCUGGCACUUUCUUUCUUGAAAUAUAUAUAUCACCCUUUGGAAUGGUUGGCACUUGUUUCUGUUGUCAUUGGCUUCCCUAAGGUUCUACUAAGGGCCAUUGCAUCUAUUAAGGCUCUUACUCUUAAUAUCAACAUUCUGGUUCUAUUGGCAGUGUGUAGUACUGCUGCUUUACAAGAUUUUUGGGAGGCUGGUGUCAUCAUCUUCUUAUUCUCCAUUGCUCAAUGGCUUGAGACAAGAGCAACUCACAAGGCAAAGGUUGCGAUGUCUUCUUUGACUAGCAUGGCUCCUCAAAAAGCUGUUAUUGCUGAAACUGGGGAACGUGUUGACGUGAAUGAUGUUAAGAUCAACACCAUACUUGCAGUCAAGUCGGGUGAUGCUAUUCCUCUUGAUGGAAUAGUGGUGGAAGGAAAGUGUGAAGUUGAUGAAAAGAUGUUAACAGGAGAAUCAUUACCUGUGAUAAAAGAGUUUGAUUCAGUAGUGUUGGCUGGAACCAUUAAUGUGAAUGGAUAUAUAAGUGUGAAAACUACAGUGCUGGCAAAAGACACAGUGGUGGCUAGAAUGUCAAAACUUGUUGAAGAGGCCUCUAGCAGAAAAUCUCGAACACAAAGAUUCAUUGAUAAUUUCGCCAAGUACUAUAUUCCUGCUGUUGUUUUGAUUUCAGCUAGCAUUGCUGUGGUUCCAGCUGCAUUAGAGGUUCCUGAUAUAAAACCUUGGUUUCAUCUUGCAAUUGUGGUUUUGUUAAGUGCAUGUCCUUGUGCUCUCAUCCUCUCCACUCCCGUUGCAAUCUUUUGUGCUCUCACAAAAGCUGCAACAAGUGGGUUACUACUGAAAGGUGGAGAUUAUAUUGAAACACUGUCUGGAAUUAAGACAGUGGCUUUUGAUAAAACUGGCACAAUAACAAGGGGAGAAUUCACAGUGGCAGAUUUUUCUGUUAUAGAUGACAUUAGCAUUGAAACUUUACUGUACUGGGUUUCAAGUAUCGAGAGUAAAUCAAGUCAUCCUAUGGCAGCUGCACUAGUGGAAUAUGGAAUGUCUAAUUCUGUCAAGCCAAUCCCUGAAAAUGUUGAGAAUUUUGAAAAUUUUGCUGGUGAAGGAGUUUUUGGUACAAUUGAUGGGAAGAAUAUCUAUAUUGGCAAUAGAAGAAUCGGUGCUAGGGCUGACUCCGAAAGAGUUGAUUGUCAGUUGCAAUUUCAAAGCCAUGAAAUUUCUACCCCGAAACGAUACUGUGGGCCGACUCUGGUUGGAGUCUUCAGCUUAGUCGAUACUUGCAGAUCAGGUGCUUUGGAAGCAAUAGAAGAGCUGAAGUUGUUAGGCGUGAGAUCUGUCAUGCUAACAGGAGAUAGCACUCAAGCAGCUUUGUAUGUUCAAAGUCAGUUGAACCAUGCUCUAGACAUUGUACACGCAGAGCUUCUACCUGCAGAAAAGGCAGUGAUCAUUGAGAAUUUGAAGAAAGAUGGGCUAACAGCCAUGAUUGGAGAUGGCAUAAAUGAUGCUCCUGCAUUGGCCACAGCUGACAUUGGUAUCUCAAUGGGAAUAUCUGGUUCAGCUCUUGCAAAUGAGACAGGCAAUGCAAUUCUUAUGUCGAACGACAUCCAAAAGAUACCUGAAGCCAUUCGGCUUGCAAGGAAAACCACUAGAAAGCUCAUUGAGAAUGUCAUUAUUUCAGUUGGCUUCAAGAGUGCUAUACUUGCAUUGGCAAUUGCAGGAUACCCUAUUGUUUGGCUUGCUGUCUUGACUGACGUUGGGACCUGUUUACUUGUGAUUCUCAAUAGCAUGUUAAUUUUACAAGAGAAACCAAAACAUGAAAGAAAAUCUGCAAGUUCUAAAUAUGGCACCUUCUCGGAAGAUCUGACCAUGACUCUACUGGACAAUGAAAGUAAUAACAUUAAGAAUCAAGGGCUUCUUACCGGUGAAAAAUGUGGUAAAGAUUGUUGUAAAGACGACACUUAUCAUGUAGAAACUACAAGCAAGAACGAAUCUUCUGGACUUUUGAAGUUGAGCAAGAGAAACCAAAGUGGAAACUCUGUCUCUAUUGAGGUGCAUAUAGUGAAACCUUGCAAUGGUUGUUGUCUAAGAAAGGUAAAAACAUUUGACGACUCUGCAUGCAGAACAAAUAAUGGUUCUGGUUGUUGCCAAGAGCAAUCUAAGACUGAACAAUGUGUCACUGGCUCUGAUGCCAGAGAAGAUGCCAGCAUUGCUUCCUUGGAGUCUUAUUGCCUUAAGGACAAAUCAGAGGAUAUUCAAGACUUGUCUGAGACAGAAGGGAUUCCAAAGGGCUGCAAUAAGACAUGCUGCAAUGAUAGUUUUAAAAAUAUGACUAGCCUUAGCCAGCCAGAAAUUAUUAUAGAGUGAUCUAAAUGGUAGUGAUAAAAGAAAGUUACAUUUAUUAAUUUAUUUAAAUCAGAAA